AUCAAUUGAACUCCUUCAGCUUUCCCAGACGAUCUUCAAACAUGGCUACUCUGCGAAAGUUUUGUUGUGUGGUUGCUGUGGCAGAAGGUGGAGGAAUUGGAAAAGAUAACAAACUCCCUUGGCAUCUGAAAGAGGAUAUGAAGUUUUUCUCCCAUCUUACUUCUGAAGUGUCUGCGGAUGGGAAGCAAAAUGCAGUCAUCAUGGGUCGGAAGACAUGGGAAUCCAUACCAGCCAAGUACAGACCUCUGCCUCACAGAAUUAACAUUAUGUUGAGUAAAAACUUGAGUGAAGCUCCUAAAGGAGCCAGCCUAUGUUCCAGCCUGCAGGGUGCUUUUGAUCUGUUGUCAACUGCACCAUACUUAGACAAAGUGGAGAAAAUUUUUGUGAUUGGGGGAGCAGCAGUCUAUAAGGAAGCACUGCAGCAUCCUGGUGCUUACCGCUUGUACAUCACCCAUGUGAUGAAAGAUUUUGACUGUGAUGUGCAUUUCCCAGCCUUUGACAAAACUGUAUUUAAGGAGACAAGUGAUCCAGAAGUGCCAAGUGGUGUUCAUGAAGAUAAUGGAAUCAAAUUUGAGUUUAAAGUAUACCAGAGGGAUAUCUAAUACUGUACACAAACUACAUUACAGUGCACACGAGGCUACUUAAAAGAAGAAUGUAUCACAAGGAAAUUUAAUUGUAAUGGCUAUAAGCUGUGGAAAGCAGCCUUGGUCAGCUUGCCAAUAAAGGCACAAAUAAAAUAAACACCUCAAGUACUGAAG